AUGGCGGGGGGGAGGAAGGAGGGAGGGAGGAAGGAAGACUGGUUAUCGCAUGCAACGAAAGCGUGGAUAGCCAAUAGGUGGGACAGAUUAUUAAGUGCAAGGGCCAAUCUUAAGGACAAUCAGAAACCGAGAACGAUAAGAGAAGAGUCAAGCAAGUCCCAGGAGGGGAUUAGAAUUAGGGAAGGACUAUGGCAAAAGAAGGUCGAUGUAGAUGGACGAAGACAUAAUAGAAAAAGCGGCGAUGUCGCACAGUCUGAUGGAGUAACGAAUGAGGGUCCUCAUGCAGCGGAAGGGGAAAGAGAAAGAAACCCCUCCAUGGGAAAAACUGGCGAGAGUGAUGGGAAGAAGAAGAAGAGAGAGAGAGUGAGUGAGUUGGUGAGGAGAGAGGCGGAGAAGGAGGAGGAGAAAGAAAAAGAGGAGAAGGCCCAGACACACACACACGCACUUGCUGAGGGAGAGACAGCGACAGGAACAAGCUUUCCCCGAGUUGAGUGUGGCAGCAACAGUUCAGUUCCACCGUCCGUUGCUGCAGCCUCCACGAUGAGGGGAAGAAGGAAGAAGAUCGGGUCUGGCCGGGGAAAAGUGCGCCAACUGUCAACAAUUGUCCGGGAAAAGAAAGCCACAGGAAGAUUCUUGGAAUCCCACGAGAAGGGUCACACCCGCUGCGAAGUUACUCAUACUAUUGAAGGGAAGACUUUCCCAGAACCUCAGGCUCGCUCUCCGCUCGCCGGAGCCAAAAGAAGACCAGCUGUUGUGUUCCCGCUCGCCGAACUCAACUUGCCUCCCCCCUCGGCUCCUCCAACUCCCUCUCCUCAUCCCUCCUCUACACCCCCCUUCCCUCUCGCUGCUCUGUUCGAGUAG